CGCAUGCUCAGUAGCAGCUGUUUUGUUUACCAUAACACUGUCCUUGCUUGAAGGUAAGCGAGGUGAGGACUGCCUGAUACAAGCGCAGGGACAGCUUCUUUUUUUGUUACACCCCCGGGUAAAUUAUGUCUGUGAAACACGCUAUCAGCCGGGGGCUCGAGUUGGGCCGGUCGGUCCUUCAACUCGGUCUCCUCAAGUCGGGCGGCCGAUUCGCAGCAAAGCUCCGAGCGGACCGCUUCCGUGUCGGGCCGUCGGGCCGCACCGUUCAGCCUCAGGCUUUCCUGCCCUCUCGGUACCGCUAUUACCGCACCUCUUUGAAGGGCCUGGCCGCCCAGCUCCAGUCCGCCGGCUUCAGGAGGAGGUUUGGCGGCGGGUCCCCGCGGAACAGGGCCGUGUUUUUGGCUUUCGGUCUCGGCGUGGGGCUUAUCGAACAGCAGCUUGAGGAAGACAGAAAGAGUGCGGCGACAUGUGACGAGAUCCAGGCGGUGUUCAGGAAGAAAAGAUUCCAGAGCCCAUUCGAACCAUUCACCUCUGGAUAUAAACUGGAGGAUUACGUUAUUGGGAAUCAGAUUGGGAAAGGCUCCAAUGCUGCUGUGUACGAGGCUGCAGCUCGGUUUGCACCUCAGGAGAGUAACAGCAAGGGCUCCAUGAUUCAGCUAGAGUCUGAAGAGCAAGUGGAGACGACUCGAUCUCUGACAUGCUGCUCGCUUAGAACUUUCCCUAUGGCUGUCAAGAUGAUGUGGAACUUUGGGGCAGGGUCGUCAAGUGAGGCAAUAUUAAAAUCCAUGUCACAGGAGCUGGUGCCUGCAGGCCCCCUGGCCCUAAAGGAGGAGAAAGAAGAAAUCAAUCUGGAUGGACAUUUUGGGGUCCUGCCCAAAAGAGUGUCGGCACACCCUAAUGUGAUCAGAGUGUACCGGGCUUUCACAGCGGACGUCCCAUUGCUACCAGGUGCCCAAGAAGAGUAUCCAGCUGUGCUGCCAGCCAGGCUUAACCCUGAUGGCCUGGGCAACAAUCGCACUCUUUUCCUCAUCAUGAAGAACUACCCCUACACACUGCGACAGUACCUGGAAGUGUCGACACCAGGCCGCAGACAGGGCUCCCUGAUGGUGCUGCAGCUCCUCGAGGGGGUUGACCACCUGUGCAGACAGGGUGUUGCUCACAGGGAUCUCAAAUCGGACAACGUGCUGUUGGAGUUUGACUCAGACGGAUGCCCUCGUUUAGUGAUUACUGACUUUGGCUGCUGCCUGGCCCAGGGUGACUCUACUCUACAGCUGCCAUUCAACAGCAUAUGGGUCAACAGAGGAGGGAAUGCCUCCCUAAUGGCCCCUGAGGUGGUCACUGCAGUUCCAGGGUGUGGUGUGGUGAUCGACUACAGCAAGGCGGAUGCCUGGGCAGUGGGGGCCAUCUCCUAUGAGAUAUUCGGCCAGGCCAACCCAUUCUAUCGAGCAGUGAGACUGGAGAGCAGGAACUACCAGGAGGAGCGGCUUCCUCCUCUGCCCUCUGAUGUUCCAGCUGAUGUGCAGUUAGUGAUCCGAUUCCUCCUCAGGAGGAGCCCAAGCAAGCGCCCCAGUGCCCGUGUGGCAGCUAACAUGCUACAUCUUAGCCUCUGGGGAAGGAAGGUCCUAGCCAACCAGGACAACGUUGGCAUGAGAAAACUGGCUGAUUGGCUGCUGUGCCAGUCGGCUGUGGUUCUUCUGAAGGGCUGCAGUGGACCCAGUGGUAACAUGGUGGAGGCGGAGCUUCAGAGGAGCUUCCUGUCCAACCUGGACCUGGAGGACCUGCGCACCGCUGUGGGCUUCCUCCUGUUUGGGAGAGAGCAGCAUCAGGCCUGCGUUCUGUCAGCAUAGAUCCACUCCCACUCAUUCAGGCACACAGCUUAGGAGUCAUUGAUAUGAAUUGAUCGGGAGCCUCAAAUUAAAACUUGCUUUGAUUUUCGUUGUUUGUGAUAUUUAAAUUUAAUGUCUGUUAAGGCAAACAUUACUGACACUGUACUCUUAACAUUGUUGCACGUCAUCUAAGACUGUCAGUGUAUUCCAGUACUUAAUGUGAAUUUUCAAAUGGUUUAAUUCACCCCAUGACUUAUAUUGUCUAUUGCUGCUCAAAUUUCUCUUCUUCAUUUCCUAGAAUUGUGUUGGAGAAAUAAUAAUGAUUAUUGUGAGCUGAAUUGGCCCAGCGAUGGAAGCUACCGAUGGCUGCUGGUAUUACUUUUAUGAGAGAGAUUUUCUUUUUUACAAGCUCUAAUGCACUUUAGAUAUUUGCUCAGAAAGACCCUAAGCUACAGUUGUUCCCUGUGUGUUUGAUUAAAAUUGGUCUGUGUAGAGGUGCAUGAAAAAACACCCCAACUUGUUACUACAUAGUUAAUGGGGGUUGGCAUGGAUCGUGCAGAUUAUCGACCAACUUCAAGGAUGCAAUUUUGUUUCGUUUAUGUUUCUGUGGUUUGCACUUUAUGUCCAUGUUUGCACUUGCUCAAAGCCAUUAUUAUGGUGUACUGGUGGUUUGUUUGUUGCUAGCAUAUUACUGUGCAUAUUCUAGUAAAUUAUAUAAAAAUAAGGAUGAUUUGUAUAAUGUUUUAACCUUUUAAACUUAACAAUGAUCUGUUCUCAAAACAAGUCACAGCAAGCCUACACAUGUGGCAUCUUACCAGGCACAAUAAUAAUGAUCAUGUAGACAGUGAGGGAUACAAUAUACAGGGUGUGUAUAUUUUCAUACGAGAGAUGGUGAAAUAUAUUUUAGAUACAUGUUGAUUUUUCAGCUGUUUCAGAAUAAAAGUACCUGUCUGAAAAGA